CUCAAAAAUAUGCAUAGCUAGGCAUAGCUCUUCCGCAAGCUGGGCAAGGUACCCAUCCAUCCAAAGCGUCGGCCACCGAUGUUCUCGGCGGUCGUUGGAUGUCGUGCUGCUCGACGUCGGGAGGGUCCUCGGGGAUGGGCUUGGAUGCAGAUGGGCAGAUCCAGGUUAUUGACAGGGAAGUGAUGGGAUGGUUGUCAGUGUUGUACAGUCCGAGGAGUACUGGCAGUAGACGAGACGUCGAGAUGUAUGCAGUUGGGGCGAUGGUAUGCAGAGAAUGGAACGCUGCGUUGGCGACAGUUGGGAGGGUUAGCAGAAGAUUUGGAGACAGCGGGAGCAGUAGUAGAGAGUAGUCCAGUGACCUGGUCUGUGAGAGGGCAGUUCAUGAGCGUUUCUACCAAGUGAUCCUCCCCUGUCUGCACUUGUUCUUCUCCCCCUCGUCGCUCUUCUCUCCCUCCUCCCUCCCUCCUUGUUCGUCGUCGACUACCCUGCCCGACGGCGCUCUAAGUUGUGGCUUGAUACUCGUCCUCUCUCGCAAUCACUGCAAUUCGCGCUAGCCAUAAAAGGAUCUUGCCCUUUCUCUUCCGCUUGCUUGGCCAGCAGCUGCUUUGCCCUCUCACUCGCUCGCUCUUCCCAUUCGCCCGUCAUCCCUCCUUUCCUCUCUGCCCAAUCCACUCUUUCUUUUACCACCACCAUAUAAACAGGCAGAUUCUGUCGUGCUCACCAUCUUGCCAGUCCGUCACCAGUCCAAUUUAUCGGACUCGACACUUGGAAUAGCCGACGUUUCUCCCAAAGACACAUCGCAUCAUUCCGAGGCAAGCUUUCUCUCAAUCCUCUAAUCCACUCAUGCUCAUUUCCUACCUGUCCUUGCUUUGACAUUUGACAUUUUGUCUUUCGCUUACCCUCCUUGUAGCUUCGAGUGCAGGCCUGCUCGUCCCGCUCCUCUUUAUCGCCUAUCCAUCCACACUAAUCGCCUUUCUCUAGACCCUGUUCCAUGGAUCUACACGGUGUCAAUGGCAACGGUAUGGACUCCCUCCACACCCACCACUCUCACACUCCUUCCCUCAACGGUUUAGGACCUGUUGGGGACCAGCAACACGCUCAUUCCGCCCUCUAUCACGUUCCCCCGUCCCUCGCUGCUGUCCAACACCAUCAACAUCCUCUAGACUUACCACAUCACCAUCAUCCCUACUCACAACAGCUCGCUCCCUACGACUUCCCCUCCAAUAAUUCUGGCUAUUCGGGUGAUUUGAACGUCGACCCGCUUCAUCACCCUCUUGACAGACGUGUCCCUCAUAUUGCCCGUGAGCUUCGGCACCCGUCAUCACUUGCCCACCCGAGUGGACUGUCUUUACCUCAUCCAGGACACCUUCAUUCGCAUCGGUCGCAGACGUGCAUUCCUUCUCUGAUUCCUCCCGGUAUGGAUCCCGCACAGGUCGAUAUGCGUACAUUCUACCCAUACCAGCCCAACGAGGUCAAGCACCGGAAACGGACAACGCGUAGUCAAUUGAAGGUUUUGGAAGACGUAUACAAGUACGACACGAAACCAAACGCAGGAUUAAGGAAAAAGCUGGCGGAUGAGUUGGGCAUGACACCACGCGGGGUUCAGGUCUGGUUCCAGAAUAGACGCGCAAAGACGAAGUCGCAGGCAAGGAAAGCGGAAGCUAUUGGCAAAAAGGACGGUGAGGAAGUUCCACCAGGCAAUGCGGGAGGACCGAGUGAUAACGGUACUGGUUCAACCAAUACUUCUGCAUCGUCUCCUGCGUCGUCUUCCUCCCCCGCGUCUUCGUCGUCUCUGCACCGUGCCUCGAUAUCAUCCGCGUCCUCUUUGGAGGGAGAAUGCUCUGUUUCACCCAUCGACCACUUGACUGCAGCCGAUGACGCGCAAAGCGUGUCUUCAGGCUCGCAUACGGUACGAGACAAUUCUGGCGCUUCUGCUUCUCCGCCGUCUACUUCUCGAAGAGACUCUGCAUCGGCUACCGUAAACGGCAGCUCAGAAUCGACAUCGGACAUGAACACGUCAAUCUGGACGCAACCUUAUCCAUUCGGCCAACCUCCCUCGGAGAACGCGGUACCUGCGCUUGACAGCGUCGCGCCAGAUUUCGUGGACGAGAAUAGUAGUGGAGCGGGCGAAAGCGAAGAUACCACCGGUGGGUAUCUUCGUGUACCGGAACAUUUGAGGGACAGGCGGAGAACGUCGUUGCCAAUUAUUGUGUCUCCACCUAAUGCUUCAUCUCACCAAUCUGGGUAUAUUCCUCCGUCACAUUCGCAAAGAAGCGCGAGGGGUAUUGGGGGUACACCUCAAGGAUUCGAUCCUGCUACUCGUCGUCGGUCCGUGGACACCAACAUGUUGCGUUUGAGUGCGCACCCAUAUGCGUACCUCGCGCAAAACGUCAAUGCUGGUCUUUAUGGUGGUGGACAGCGCUCAGUCUCACAGGGCUCGCACUCUCAGCAACCUCGUUUGGUACCAAGACAUGGCUCGAUGCCUCAUGUGUUCGGAGAAGACCAGCCUCGGCACGUUGAUGGGCAAGGUACUAAUGGGUACUUGAGUCCACCUGCGCCGAGGAGACCGAUGGUUUCUCAGAGGAUGAGUAUGCCUGCGAGUAUGUUGCAGAGAUAUCAGCAGCAGUAUCAGCAGCAUACCCAGAAUCAGAACGCUGCUGGACCGUCGGCGGCGUCGUCGUCGUCGUUUGCUGGUGCUCACCAACAGAGUCGAAAUGGCAUGUAUGCGAUCUCUGCGAGGGAGGUUCCGGCCCCGAUACCAGGUCCACUGCCUUCCCCGAACUUCAGCUUCGGUGCUCCAAGUUCGACUUCGCCUAAUAUGACCUCGGAGUCGCCGAACCUUCCAUCUACAAACAUCUCUUCUUCUUCUUCGGCUGCGUUCUCGCCUUCGCAUUCUAUGUAUCUGCACACCAGACGAUCUAUUAGCGGUGCUGCUGGUGCUGGGGGCGAGGAUCCGGAUACAGAGGAUGACGGUAGUGCGGUGUCUAGUACGUAUGAUGCGUUCUCGAGGUUUGGAAGUUUGGCGAGCGUGGCGGGGAGUGAGACCAGUUUGACGAGUGCGUAUUAUAGUGAGGCUGGGAGUGCGAGUCAUGCUACACAGCAGCAACAGCAACAGCAGGGGCAGGGUCAAGGUCAGUCUGGGUGUGGGGAGUUGGAGAUGGAGGGUCAGCAAGCUCGGGCUCCGGAAGGGUUUGAUCCUGAUUUGAGGAGGGUGAGCUGCACGUCCGGACAUUUUCUGGAAAUGUUUAAUGACCUGGAUGUCAAUGCGAGCAAUACCCCCCAGCCUCAGUCUCAUUCCCUUUCUACAAAUGGUCAAUCGCUGAAUGAUGACGGAGAGAUGAAGAGCGAACUUGUCUCUCCUUCUGAUACCAUUGGGGAAGCAAGUACCACGGAUAGGUCACAUCAUGAAAGUUCGUUGGACUACGCCUUGGGCGGAAUCGAGAACGUUCAACAUGUAGAUGACAGAUCCCAAAUCAUCUAUCCACCCGAAUACCCCGAAGAUUCGCUCACAAAGGGUGUCGUCCAUGACUAUCCCGCUUCGUAUCAUGUCAGCGACACGGAUGCAUUCUCACAACAGGGUACAUAUGUCGACCAAUCGCCUUCGCAUACCGAUCCCACUGCGUACGCAGGCUAUGGGUUUCAUAGCAUGAUCGAUGCUAAUGGCAAUCCGGUGUAUGACACUGGUGCGAUCGAGUUGUCGCAUAUGUGUGUCCCUUCCUCGAUGGCGAUGGAAAACUUCAACUUGGUGGAUCCGUAUACCCAAUUUUCUUAGCAUUGGACCAAUAUGCUAUCGAUAUCCGUCUCAUAGCCCCAACCAACCCCGCCCCCACAAUCCCAACCCCGCAAGGCUCGCGACUCUGUUCUGGUCAUCAAUGCUAUUGUUGCAUCCCCGUAUAUUAUUAUGUUUGUGAUAUCCCUUCGUUGGGGUGUACUAAUAUCUCUGUCUGCCCGCUGUCACUUCGUUUGCCCUUUUCGAUGGUCAGGGCCGUUGUACCACCAAAAUUCUCGCACCCAGCGAAAUCGUUCUCCCAUAUCCCCCUCCCCCCGGUUUUAUAUGGAUUGGUUGAUGUGUUUUGUCUGCUCAAGACGCCGCGCAAUUCCUCAUUUGGCUCUCCCUUCCCAAUUCUCAGGUCCUUACAGACUCUCUCUCCUUUCGCCCUCUCUUCAUUAUCACAUCUUGGUGUUUUAUUGUGCGUGCAAGACGUCUUGCCGCUCUCUGUCCGCUUUUACCCAACUACUUUCGAUCUAAAUUUGGUUCCUGGUAUGUGUGACAUUAUUCUAGACGCUUUAUAGUGGUUCCCUGCUUGCUUGUCGGUUUUCGUCGAUCGAUACUUGUUCAAUGCAUAUAGCUUACAACUUCGCUUGUUCCUACCGAUGUUCCUACGUUUCUCCAUUCCUAUCCACUCCCUGUUGUGUGUGUGCUUUUUUUUUUGUUUCUCCGUGUUGUGUGUUUUUAUCUAUAUAUUGUAUGUUCAUCGGUUGGACUUUUUUUUUUCUUUUCCCCUUUAUUACUUUGGACUCUCACAUUCGCUAUAUUCAUUCAUUCGUUUUUCCUUUAAACUCCUCCCCUCCCUCCCUCUUUUCUGCAUUGCUGUUUAUAUCUUAUAUUUACUUUCAUGUUUUUUAUUCUAUCUGAUGUAAAUCCAAGUUCCCAGAACAAAGAGAAAUUGUAUAUACUACACGGAUGAGGCAUGAUGCAUGAUGCGUGAGUGGCUG